AUGAGUAAUAUGUUAGUAGUCGAAAUUUUUGAUGUAUGGGGAAUAGAUUUCAUGGGUCCCUUCCCAUCAGCUGAAAAAUAUGAAUAUAUUUUGCUUGCUGUUGAUUAUGUGUCGAAGUGGGUGGAAGCUAUUCCUACUAGAACUAAUGAUCAUAAAAUCGUGAUGAAAUUUGUGCAGGAAAAUAUUUUUUCGAGAUUUGGAUGUCCUAGAGUGAUUAUUAGUGAUGGAGGAACACAUUUUACAAAUAAAAAUUUCAGAGAACUGUUGAAAAAGAAUGGAGUACACCAUAGAGUAGCCACUCCAUAUCAUCCCCAAACAAAUGGGCAAGCUGAAGUAGCAAAUAGGGAAAUUCAGAGAAUUUUGAGAAAAAUAGUUAGACCAGAUAGGAAAGAUUGGCCCACGAAAUUACAAGAUGCAUUAUGGGCUUAUAGAACAGCUUAUAAAAAUCCCAUAGGUAUGUCCCCAUUUCGUCUCAUUUUUGGAAAGCCAUGUCAUCUUCCUGUGGAAAUAGAGCAUAAAGCAUUAUGGGCUAUAAAAAAUUUAUGUAUGGAUGAAAAAUCAGCUGGUGGGCAUAGAAUUUUUCAGUUACAUGAACUAGAGGAGUUGAGGAAUGAAGCUUAUGAAAAUCAUAGAAUAUAUAAAGAAAAAACUAAAACUUUUCAUGAUAAAUACAUUAGCAGAAAAAAAUUUGAUGUUGGACAAAAAGUGUGGUUAUAUGAUUCUAGGCUGAAAUUAUUCCCAGGAAAAUUAAAAUCAAAAUGGAAAGGGCCUUAUGUGGUGGAAGAGACAUAUGAUCAUGGGGCUGUAAUGAUUAAAGAUCCUAAAAGUGAUCAUAACUUUAAGGUAAAUGGACAGCGGCUUAAACAUUACAUAGAACAUGAAUGCCUUGCAGAAAAAGAAAUUUUAUUAUUAAAAGAAAUUCAAGAGUAA